AUGAUGAACUCAUCGGAAAUAAAAGAUAUCAGUAUAACAAACUCUUCUGUUUCCUUGUUCAAGAUUAAUACCUUCAUCAAUACCACAGAUGAGCCAAAGUUAUUGACCAUCAAAUCUAUUAAAUUUUUAGCCAGUACAAUCCAUACAAAGAGGGUUCUAAUAUCAACCAAAGGAGUUUUAAUGAACACUAAUCUUUCAAUAAAUAUGUCAGAACUGACAUUUGAAAAUAUCGAGUUUACAAGUUCUGGGACUCUGAUUGAAAUCAUGCAUCAGCUUCCCACUAAUGUCACUUUGUCAGACUCAACAUUCAACAAUAUUACUUCUGGGCUGAUCAGUAUUGAGGGAAGCAAACAAACUGAAGCCCUCAGCACCUUAUUUUCAAUGAAUAACUGAUCUUUUACAAAUAUCAGGUCCUCUGUAAAUGCCUUUAUAGCUGUUCAGCAAAAGGCUGAAGUUGUGAUAACUAAAAGUUUGUUUACAAACUUGACCUUGACGACAUUUAUCUCUGGCAUCAUGAACAUUCAAGAUAAAGCAAGAAUCAAAGUGUUAAAUUCUAGCUUUACAAGAAACUCUGCAGCAACAGCAACAAUCUUCAAAGUGAUAUCAGAAGCUGUUGCUACUCUUGACGGUUGACAUAUUUUCGAAAACUUCGCAAUUACAAAUGGAGUGUUUGAAGCUGCUUCUUUUGGAGUGUUUAAUAUAAAGAACAGCAAAAUAUUUAGGAAUUAUGCUAUCCAAAAUCUUGUGGGAAGCGUGUUUAUGAGUGUAGAACCAUCUAAUAUUCUAAACACUGAAAUAUAUGAAAAUAAGCUUAUAAAUAGAUCAAAUAUUCCAACUGAGAUUUCAGAUAGCUGAUCAGAUUUAUGAUUUCUUGACCAAGAAAUGAAGGAGUACCUAGCUACCAAAGACUUAUCAGCAACAUCAGAACAAAAGUACUUAUUCAAAGUGUUGCAAGGUAAUUUGAACAUUCUGAAUUCAACUCAUAUCCAUGAUGAGGAUUUGAUUCUAAAGUCAUUCUUAUCAACAGUGAGGGUCGAGAGAUCUAGAAUUACCAAUAUGCAAUAUUCAAUAUCUCCAUUCAACAUUCUUGAUUCCACAUUUACAAUUGAGGACACGGAGAUCAAUGGGGCUCAUACAAAUUCUGCUCAAGAGGGUUUCAUUGUCACAAAUUCUGCAACUAUCAUAAUGAAAAAUAUUUCCUUCACUGAUUCCAAUUCUCAAAUGAUGAUUUCAUUGAGCUCUCAUCUUGAAAUGGAAAAGGUUAAAUUUCAGAAUAUCACUCAAUUUCCUAACUUGGUGUCCGCAAAACUUUGCAAUUGGUUCCAUCUCAGUGAGAUAACCAUAGUAGACUCGUACUCAACUAAAAAUGAGAUCAUGAACGUUCAGGACAGUUAUAAUGUGACACUGAAUGACAUUAAGCUGGAAAGGAUCAACUCUACCUUUUGCUAUUUUAAAGACUCUGAAAUUCUAGCUAUAACAAAUAUUACAAUCUCGAAUCUAAGCCAAGGAUUUAUAUUUGUAAACUCUCAAGUUAUAAAAUUGGCAAAUGCAGAGUUCUCUGAGAACUACUCGAAUAGCUCAGGUGGAGUUAUUUCAAUGACAAAUUCCAAGCUAAAAAUUGAAAACACUACAUUUGCUCAUAACUCAGCUACUGAAGGAGGAGCAAUCAUGUUUGAGUGCACUCAUAUUAACUCUUGUCAACUUGAAGUGAGUAAAUCCCGGUUUGAGAACAACUCUGCCACUGUUCAAGGAGGAGCUAUUUCAUAUAAUUAUAAUCCUCCUGAAAUUAAGGAUACUCAAUUCCUUGGCAAUUCAGCUCCUUAUGGCGAUAAUUAUGCAAGCUAUCCAGUAAGGAUUGGAUAUGUCAAUAGCAGAAUCGAUGAUGAGAUUCUUCAACACAAUAUUGGGCCUGGAAUUAGAAGUAGUCAGAAUCUUGAAUUAGCAUUGAUUGAUUUAGAUGAUCAAGUUAUGAUCCUUGAUGAUGAAAAUCAAAUCCUUAUUUUACCCUUAGACUCAUCAAAAUCUUCAGUAAGUGGAACAAAUACUGUACAAGUAAAACAAGGAGUUGCCGUCUUUGAUAACCUUUUACUGAAGAUUAAUCAAGAAGAAAGAAUUUCAAACUUCAAAAUCAUAUCUAAGUCUAUUGAUUUGAACAAAGUAAAGCAAGUCCUGGGAAAUAGCUUCAGGCAGAAAGAUCUAAUAGUCAAUUUCAGAGAUUGAGAACCUGGGGAAAGAAUCCUUGGUGAUAAGUGCGAAGUUUGAGCAGCUGGAACUUAUUCGCUUAGUUAUAACUCUACUGAAUGACAAAAAUGAAACCUUGAUGCUGAAUGAAGAGGAGGAUCAGAAAUAUACUUGAAACCAGGCCACUGGAGGAGGUUCCAUAAUUCAACUAAGAUUGUUGAAUGAAUCACUAAAGAAGCUUGAGAGGGUAAAUAUCAGUCAGACUCCAUCUCUCCUUCCGUCUGAUCAGAAGGAUAUACCGGCAAUCUGUGAGCUCAAUGACUUGUUAACAAAGAUGUAAAAUAUGAGAGAGUCAAUGACUAUGAAUGUAGAAAAUGCCCAAAUGUAAUUCUCAAUUCUUUCCAAGUAUUGGGGAUGAUUCUAUUAGUGAUAUGCUUCUACAUAUUUAUGAUGAUCAUCAAUGUCAGGAAAACUAGCGAAAGUGAGUUAUCAGUAUUAUUAAGAAUACUGGCUAACUAUCUACAACUGAUAUCGGUAUCUACUGGAAUGUCUAGUAACUAUCCAUCAAUCAUGGUGGCAAUUUCAAUCCCUGUAAAGUGGCUGGGUGGAUCAAGUGAUGCUUUCUUAUCAUUUGACUGUUUCAUUAAAGACACAGAAAUGAAUUUUCUAUUUGACUCUACUGCGAUCUUCAAACUGUUCCUCUUGAUGUUCCUUCCUCUGAUCUUGUUCAUCUUGCUGGGAGCCAUUUGGGUCAUACUAUAUUAUGCUAAGAGGCAAUGGGUGAAACACCUUACUAGAAAUAUUGUUAUAACUUUUAUCACUAUUGUCUUCUUACUACACCCAAAAUUGACAGAAAGAAGCAUAAGCAUGUUUAGAUGAAUAGAGAUUGAUGAAGGCUACAGCGUUGCUGAAAUUGAUACGAAUCUCGAAUGAUUUGGACCUAAACACAUGAAAUGGAGCUUGCUUGUGGCUCUCCCAAUCCUAAUCAUUUGGGUAAUAUCUUGACCUAUAAUAUCCAUUGUUUUCUUAUAUCUUAGUCAUGCAAAGACGGGUCAUGAAAAGAUCAAAAGUUACUUUUUGAUAUUAUACCAAGGGUUAAAGCCAGAAGCAUUUUAUUGGGAACUAGUAAAUACUCUCCGAAAGAUAGCUAUUUUGCUAACUCUUUUAUUUCAAAAAACAGUGUCCAUAAAUCUAUCUUUAAUGAUACUUAUUGUGACUGCUAGAGUCCAAGUGUAUUUAAAGCCAUACAAGAACCAUGAACAUUCCAAAAUAGAGUUCUUAGCUAUAAUGGCUGGUGUGUGAACAAUCACAGCUGCUCUGGUUUAUUCCCAAGAUAAACAGAAUGAAGUCUUGAAUGUGUUCGUUCUGCUAUCCGUGAUCAGUUUCAACUUAAAAUUCAUUAUAGAAUGGCUUUUCUUGUUACUUUUGACUUACCGUGACAAACAUAAUAGCCUUAAGUCGUUGACAACAUUCUUUGGAAAGAUUCUGUGCAAACACAAAAGCUUCGAGAGUCAAACAAACCAAGGAAUUUCGAAAGAAAAGCUAAAAGCGGUUACCACUCAAAGGGCGCUAAAUAAGUCAAUUAUAUCCAUUCCUGAUUCGCCACGAAACUCUCCUAAAGGAAUUAUUAAAAAGAAGAAGAAACUCAGAAGAAGAAAAAUCAAGAGGAGGGUCAAGAGGAAGGCCAAGAGGAAGGCCAAGAGAGAAGAAUCUCCUGAGAGCGACAGCUCUCCAAUUCAACAUGAAAAUAAUGAAGCUGAAGAAAUUUUGAGAAUGAGAAAUUACUAUCCAAGAACUUCGAAUAGGCCAAUAAUCUCAGAAAAGCAAGCUCCUAAUUCUCCAAUCCGAUCAAACUCACCCCUUAAGACCCCUAUUUACCAAGGACCGAAAGUCUUAGCACAGAGCCAUGACCUCUCAUCUAACUCCUAUGCACCUUCACCCGAAGCAUACAGCACCUACGCGAUCGCUAAAAGACCUUCAUCCAAACCCCUUACAAAGCAGAAGAACAGAAGGAACAGAACUAAGCGGGAAUAAAGUUAUUUCUAUACGAAAGUUAGCCUGG